GUAAGUACUAAAAUAGUUUGUCUUUUCGUGUCCUUCAUGAUAGCAUUAGAGAGCGCCAUGUAUCCGACCAUUAGAUCAGGACUGGCGAAGUUUGAUGUUAGUUUACCCGAGGAACUCCAAGACUAUGUCAGUUACUUAUUAGAUGAGUCAGCUAAACUUCACUUACGCAAGCAAGUACUUCAACCACCUCGUGCCUUAGAGGAACUACGAGUAGCAAUGGAUAAAGACGAAUUGAAAACAUUCCUUACUAUUCACAUCAGAGAAGGUGCAUGGCAGGUGGUGCUGCUGUUUACGGAUGAGCUCUCUAUACAUGAACCACCAUGGGGCAGCCAUCAUGAAAUUUAUAAUAAGGACGAGGACGAGGAGGUGUUUAUUGAAGUGAUAUACAGUUCGACGUCAGGCAUAUUGAAGGCGUGGCCAACAGAGUUCGACCCUGGUUUGGUAGCGCUGUGUAAAGCGAUCACCAACAGGGACUGGAAAGUAACCAGAUUAAUUCUCGCUUACAGUCGGAUAUCUGAUGAAGGUUUGAAGAACUUAAGUACAGCGCUUACUCAGGGUGAACUUUACAGCUUGACACUGUAUGACAUUGGUUUACAAAGUCAAGGAUUAGAACACCUGUGUACCGCGCUAACCAGCGUAAACUGCAGAUUAACAAACUUAGACGUCAGUUACAAUGAUUUGGGAGACGUAGGAAUAAUGCAAUUGUGUAACGCGCUAGCCAGCGUUAACUGCAGAUUAACAAGCUUAAACGUCAGUUGCAAUAAGUGGGGAGACAAUGGAGGAAUGCACUUGUGUAACGCGCUAACCAGCGUUAAUUGCAGAUUAACAAGUUUAAACGUCAAUGAAAAUCAGUUGGGAGACAACGGACUGAAACACUUGUGUGAUGCACUGACCAGCAGUAACUGUGCUUUAACGAAAUUAAAAGUCGGUUUUAAUAGACUAGAAGAUGGAGGAAUCAAAGAAUUGUCUGAAGUCUUAAUCAACGGAUUCUGUACAUUAACAAGCUUAGACAUAAGCGGCAAUGAAUUUGGAGAUGAGGGAAUCAAGUACCUGUGUAAGGUCUUGACUGAUACCAACUGCAAACUACAGAGCUUAAACCUUCAGGGAAAUCGGUAUGUAACAGAUGAUGGAAAAAAAUGUUUGUCUCAAAUGUUAACUGGUACUGCCUGGAAAGAUAAAGGAGCUCUACGACUUUUCCGUUCAACUAAAAAGUAGACCAAGGAACAGGUCAGUGGCACAAAGCCCUGACAGGUUCCUCCUGUUACGUUUCGCUUGACAUGAAACAAAUUCCAUUUUUAUGAAUGACAACUUGAAGAUUAUUGUUCAAGGUGAUUAAUUAGAUAGCUGACCUGCUAGUCACUAUCACUUGUUGAACGGAGUAGUAAAAUUGAUCAGCAGUGAGGCAGUCGAAACAUCGCGAUCAAGAAUCGAGAAAUGACUCGCCAUCAUGACACAAACGAUUAUUUAACGUUCAUUA